CAUGGCAUCCAACGAGUCUUCGUCAAACCCUCUACGUGUCCGCUCCUUCUUUUAACAUACGUACACGUCCUACUCCACAAUCCGCACUGCAACAGGUGAAGUUGCAGUUAUAUCUGAAAAGUAUAUUAUUUAUGACUUUAUUGUAAUUUUAAAAGUGUGUUUAGAGAAAGUUUAGAAAAAAAUUAAUUUUUUUUUUUUGGAGACGAAAAUAAAUUUUAUCUCUCUCUAUAAGGGGGAAAAUUAUAAAAAAGGAUUUUUAAAAAUGAAAAAUUCACCGAAUACAUCAGGAAUGGAAGUGGAGGAGUUUCGUACGCGUGGAAAACAAAUGGUGGAGUAUAUUUGUGAAUUUAUGAGCAAUAUACAUAAUCGAAGAGUGACUCCUGACGUUGGACCAGGAUAUCUUCGUCCUCUUCUACCAUCGGAACCACCCCACGAGCCAGAAUCAUGGGAUGACAUUAUGAAUGAUGUAGAGGCGAAAAUUAUGCCAGGGAUUACGCACUGGCAGCAUCCCAGAUUUCACGCGUAUUUUCCUGCUGGAAAUUCCUUUCCUUCCAUUCUUGGUGAUAUGUUAUCAGAUGCAAUUGGAUGUAUCGGAUUUUCAUGGGCUGCCAGUCCAGCUUGCACAGAAUUGGAGACGAUAGUUUGUGAUUGGUUCGGAAAGGCAAUUGGUCUACCCAACGACUUCCUGUAUUUUAGUGAAGGAAGUAGAGGCGGUGGUGUAAUACAGGGUUCAGCAUCAGAGUGUAUAUUAGUUUGUAUGUUGGCUGCAAGAGCACAGGCGAUUGCUAGGCUUAAGGAAUCUCCAGCUCAUUCACAUUUAGAUGAAACUGCUCUACUUGGAAAGUUAAUGGCCUACUGUAGUCGUGAGAGUCAUAGUUGUGUUGAAAAAGACGCAAUGAUAUGCUUCGUAAAAUUAAGAAUUUUGGAACCCGAUGAAAAAAGUGUGCUAAGGGGUGAAACUUUACGACAGGCAAUCGAAGCUGACGUCGCAGAAGGAUAUGUGCCAUUUUUCGUUUCCACAACUCUUGGCACAACGGCAUGUGUUUCAUUUGAUAAUUUAAAGGAAAUAGGACCUGUUUGUAAAAAAUAUCCUGGAAUUUGGUUGCACGUCGAUGCAGCCUAUGCUGGUAAUGCAUUCAUUUGUCCUGAAUUAAAAUACCUUAUGGAAGGUAUCGACUACGCAGAUUCAGUUAACACCAAUCCUAAUAAGUUCCUGCUAACUAAUUUCGAUUGCUCUUGUCUCUGGGUUCGAGACAGGUUUAAACUAACAAGUGCUCUAGUUGUAGACCCUCUUUAUCUUCAGCAUACUCACGCUGACACAGCAAUUGAUUAUAGGCAUUGGAGUAUACCACUGAGUAGGCGAUUUAGAUCAUUAAAAUUAUGGUUUGUCAUUAGAAGCUAUGGAAUUUCUGGAUUACAAGCGUAUAUUCGGAAUCAUGUUCAGCUUGCAAAACGUUUUGAGUCACAUGUUAAAAAAGACUCGAGGUUUGAAGUUUGCAACGAAGUUGUAUUGGGUCUGGUAUGUUUUCGAGCGAAGGGAUCUGAUAAAUUAAAUCAAAAAUUAUUGAGUGCAAUUAAUGACUCUGGAAAAAUACACAUGAUUCCAGCAAAAGUUAACCAAAGAUAUACGAUACGAUUUGCUCUAGCUGCUCCAAAUGCUACAAACGAGGAUGUUGAUAUUGCGUGGGGCGUAAUCACGGACUACUUAUCAGAACUUCUAGAAUCUAAGGACGUUAUGGAUGAAUUAGCUGAUAUUAGAGAAAAGAAGAGGAAAGCAACUUUAGAACAGAGAAGAGCCUUCUUUGUACGAAUGGUUUCUGAUCCUGCAAUUCAACCAGGAUUUACUAAAACACCAAAUAGAACACCUAAACUUGACACACAGGCUACAAUUGGUGGAAUAGGUUCUAAUCAAACUCCUACACGUUCGUGGAUAUCCUGGCCAUUAGCCUAUUUGAUGCAAGCAAAGGAUGCUGCCGAUACCAGUGAACUAUCUCUCAGGUGGGGGAUUUUCGAAAAGUUUCGCCAUUUGGAUACAAUGGUAAGAUUAAAAACUGGAGGAGCCGGAAGUCGUCGAGGAAGUAGUAACGGUGGAAGUCCUGAACCAUCUCCGUCCGUUUCACCUUCUCGAGGAAGAUCACCAAAUGGUCGAGCGUAAUUAAAAUAAUAGAUUGGCUCAAUCUUAAAUAUAUUAUAUAAUAUAUGCGAAAUUUAAUUUAAAAAAAAAAUUAAAAUCAACAUCGAUACACAUAUUUCAUGUGAAUAAAAAUUGAAAAAAAAAGAUUUGUUCUCCAAAUUUACAUCUAAUGGAUUUAUCUUGCGACGCUCAAUUCGCAACACCAAUAAGGAUCAAGUAUAUAUAUUUAAUUAUAAAGACUUUAUGAACACAGUUUUUCUGAGAAUAUCAAAUUGAGACCAUAAAGUGUAUCAAAUUGUUGAUAAUGCAACGUUUUAAUGCUGUUUAUGGUCUCAAUUUGAGAGCCUCAGUAAACUGUGAAAUUAAAAAAGCUUUCAACAAAUUUGAACAAAUAAAAAUAUUAUUUACAAAGAUUACACUUUAAUCGCGUAUCUUCAAUAUAAAAGAGAUUUAACAAAUUUUCAAACACCUUAAUGUACUUCUUUAGAGGUCUUCUUAGAUAAAAGUAAAAAAAAAAAAUGUUGAAGUUCUUAUAGGUGUAUCGAAAAUUUCAAUAAAAAUUAGAUGUCAAAUUACGUUUCAUUUUAU